AUGCCAACUCAAAAUAAGAAGCUCCGAAUUGCGAGCCUUGGAAGUUCAUUUGCUGCUGGUCCCGGCGUCCCCCCGCAAAUCGAACCACGCGCUGCUAUGCGAUCAGGGCAGAAUUACCCUCAUCUCCUAGCGCAGCAGCUGAACGCUGAGAUCACCGACCUAACUGUUUCUGGGGCAACUCUUCUUAAUAUAACUGUCGACCCACAAAGCGUCCUGUUCUCUAAAAAAUCCUUCCCGGUCCAAAUCUCCAACCUGCCGGAAGAUGCGGAUAUAAUCACCAUUACUGCCGGUGGCAACGACAUCAACUAUAUCGGUGGCAUGCUUUACGAUGCUUGGGUUGCGACUUUACCGGGAGCAAUCCUCAAUACUAUUAUGCAAGGUGUAAGGGCGUUGACAUCAGCUGUUUCUUCCCAACCACCAGCGCAAACGUCUGACCCGUUAUCCCCAAGUGAGAUGGCUGAAAGACUAGGCGGGGUCCUCGAUGAGAUACACAAACGAGCCCCAAGAGCUCGUAUUUUUGUUGUCGAAUAUCUCGCUGUUCUAGGACCUGAUACACGACCUGGUCAGGAUAUUCCCUUCAGUCAAGAAAAACUAGAACAUCAUCGCGGAGUCGCCUCUGCGCUGCAACAAGCUUAUGCAGUUGCAGCGGAAAGUAGGGGGAACUGGUGCGAGAGAGUACCAGUCCACGAACUCAGCCUGGGACAUGCACUUGGCAGCAAAGAACCAUGGGUUGGAGGAUUUGACCUUGCAUCAGUGGUUCGACGCGGCCCCAUCUUUCACCCGAAUCUCGAUGGAAUGAAGGCAGUAGCAAGUCUUCUACUCGAAAGAGUCCAAAAUGAUAGAUCCUAG